ACACACAAACACACUGGUCAGGACAGAUGGCAGAGUCUGAGCGAACAUCUGAACCCAUCAACUUUGUGCAUCAGGAUGAAAUCUGGAAAGCGCAUGUAAAGCUGGAGAAGGAUUCAGCUGAGAUCUGGCCCAACAAGUGGGGCUUCCUGACUGAGGUCUACAAGGAGUACAAGACGGAGAAUAUGAGGCUGAAGGAAGCAGAGAGAGCGGAGCCACAACCUGUGACCCCUCCAGACAAAUACAUCCACGUUGGCCCCUCCCCCCCAAUUCCUCGGACAACUCAGGCCCUGAUUGGUUGGCGCUCGGGUCACUCACAUUUACAGCUGGAUAAGUAUGGCGUGGUGCAUCAUGGGAGGCGUAGUUUUCUGAAGGAGCUGGGCUGGCCCUUUGACGCUUGUGGCUGA